AUGACUGGGAUCAAAGCUCAAGUACAUCCCCCACCUGAUAGUACGCUAUUCCAUAAGGAAGAGAAAAAGAAAGUUGGAGGCAAUUUGCCUCAAAAGGUCAUUAAUCAACAGGAAAGAGGUUCAGACCACUCUCCAUCUGGCCAUCAUCAAUACCACCAACUGAUUAACAACGAUGCAAAUGACGUAGAGACUUCAGGCGCAUCCAAAGGCCAAGGAAGUGCAGGUUCCAAUCUGGACGGUAAGAAACAGUCAUCAAAGGACAUAUUCGUUGCUUCCAGUGCGCAAAACACAAGCCAACUGCCCGGUCCCAACCCUCAAGGCAGUGUUGGCACUGUACCAUUGGAGGACUUACACCCGAAAGAAUUCAGAUCGGCACCUUCCAGAAAGGCAAACAAGUUUGACACGUCGAUUACUAAGCCUGGGGUUUUAGAUGACUUGGGCAAACUUGAUGAAAAGGAAAUUGAAGAAAAAUUCCAACCAGAUUCCAGUAAUAAGUUAUUUCCAUGGCAAAAUGUUGGUGAAUUUCAUGCUUCAGGAAAGGGAUCGCCAAAUACAAAGAUGUCUAAGAUGACAAAAGCCUACAUUUUGGAAAACUUUUACAACGAUUGGUACUGUAAUAUAGCCACUGUUGUUGGUACUUGUUUUUUUUCAUGGUUAUUUGCUUAUAUUGGAUUUUCGUGGUGGUCUAUGAUAUUUAUCUUCUUGGGAACCGGUACGGUUUACAAUGCAGAAUAUACGAGGUUUAACAGAAACAUCAGAGAUGAUUUGAAAAGAGUUACUGUUGAAGAAACUUUGUCGGAUCGUGUCGAAUCUACCACGUGGUUAAACUCAUUUUUAUCGAAGUUCUGGGUCCUUUACAUGCCAGUUUUAUCUCAACAAGUAAAAGAUAACGUUAACCCUCAACUGGCAGGUGUGGCUCCUGGUUACGGUAUCGAUGCGUUAGCCAUAGAUGAGUUUACAUUAGGUUCUAAGGCGCCUUCAAUCAAAGGCAUCAAAUCAUACACUAAGACUGGUAAAAAUACUGUUGAAAUGGAUUGGUCAUUUGCGUUCACCCCAAGCGAUGUCUCGGAUAUGACAGCUACUGAAGCUAGGGAAAAGAUCAAUCCUAAAAUUUCUCUGGGCGUUACUUUAGGGAAAAGUUUUGUAUCUAAAACAAUGCCUAUUCUGGUGGAAGAUAUCAACGUUGCUGGUAAAAUGCGUAUCAAGGUUGAAUUUGGUAAAGUUUUUCCCAACAUCAAAAUUGUAGCCCUGCAACUUUUAGAACCACCUUUGAUUGAUUUUGCGUUGAAGCCAAUUGGUGGUGACACUUUAGGUCUUGACGUCAUGUCAUUCUUACCUGGUUUAAAAAGUUUCGUUAAAAACAUCAUUAACUCCAAUAUAGGGCCUAUGCUAUUCCCACCGAACCACUUGGAUAUUAAUGUUGAAGAUAUUAUGGCAGCUCAGUCGAAGGAAGCUAUUGGUGUUCUUGCGGUAACUAUCGCUUCUGCCGACUCUCUAAAGGGCUCAGAUUUCAUUACCAAUACCGUUGACCCGUAUGUUGUUAUGACUACUGAAGACGCUGUACCUGGUACCGAUGUGGAGGUACGUACAUCCAUCAAAUCAGACGUUAAGAAUCCUCGCUGGAAUGAAACCAAAUAUUUACUAUUAAACUCGUUGGAGCAAAAGUUGAAUUUAAAAUGUUUUGAUUUUAACGAUGUAAGGAAAGACACUGUCAUCGGUGAUCUUCAAGUUGAUUUGGCUGAUUUACUACAAAACUCUGUCUUGGAAAAUCAAACUGCCGACCUAAGAUCCGGUACAAAGUCAAAAGGUGUUUUGCAUUACUCGCUACACUGGUUCCCUGUUAAAGAAGAUAAGUCGGAAGAAAAAGCUGCCGAGCGCGCUAGAUCCAAGGCCAAGGGCGAGGGAAGUGAUGAAGAUGAGACUGCUGUUGGGGAAGAAGAAGAUGAUGAUGAGGAAAAUUCUCAAACUGACGUCGGUAUUGCCAAGAUUACUUUACAAAAAGUAAAGUAUUUGGAUACAACAAGUUCUAUGACUGGCAGCUUGAGUCCAUGCACUGAGUUAUUCAUUGAUGGGCAGAAAGUAAAGACCUAUAGAACAUUGAGACGUAUUAAUGAGCCAUCUUGGGGCGAGACCAUCGAGGUUUUGGUUCCUUCGAAAUCUAAUUCUAAAUUUGUUUUAAAAAUAUUUGACGACAGAAUAAAUGGCAAGGUACAGAUUUGCGAGUAUUCAUCUUCCUUGGAUGAUGUAAUGAAUACUUUAGAUGCUGCUAGAGAAUUUGUUAAGGGCUCUCCACAGGGUGACAUUUAUUUGGAUGUUUCCUGGAAGUCUAUUGAAAUGACAGGCGCCUUUGCCGCCGCAAACUCUGUAAACAACCCUAUCGGCUGUGUUAAGCUAGAUGUUAAAGACGCCAUUAUCAAGAGUGACUUAUCUGGUGUUGGUGAUGUCGAUCCAUAUUACACUGUCUCUUUGAAUAGACGCGUUCUCUACAAAUCCAUAUAUCAUUCCAAUACCGAUCAUCCUGUUUUCGAUAAUAGUACCUAUGUCCCUAUAUUUUCUCCAAAUCAGGCUCUGAGUCUAGAAUUUCAUGAUUACCAAAAGGUUGGUAAGGAUCGUUUUAUUGGUUCUGUACAAGUUCCUUCAUCCGACGUUUUCAAAAAAGACCCUAAAUCGGGGAAAUACGUGGCAAUUAAUAACGAGAAAGAAGUAUUAGGAUUGAAAUUAAAAGAUCACAAAAACAAAGUUACAGAAAACAUUGUUAAUGUAUCAACAUCGUUUAUCCCAAUAACUCCCGUAUAUUCACCUGAGGAAUUGGUGGACGUUCAGAGAUUAGAGAAGGAAUUGGAAGAAAAGAAGAAAAAAUUCGAGGCUACCCAAAACGAGAACAAGAAAGAAAUGGAACAAAAUCCAAAAGAAUGGGAAGUUGCUGAAGUUGAAAACCCAUUUGAAAGUGAUGAGAAGAAGAUUAACAGGAAGGCUAAGUUAUCUUUGGAAGAUUUGAUCAAGCAGAAGUCCGGCAUAUUGUCUAUGCAAAUACUAGAAGGUACUCUAAGCCCCUCUUCCGCUUACUUGGAAAUAUUAGCUGAUGAUAUUUCAUAUCCUGUCUUCACUUGCAUGAAACCGUCUCAAGGUAAAUUAAACUCGGAGACGGCAAGUAUUUUCAUCAGAGAUUUAAAGUACAGCAAACUAUAUUUGAGAAUAUCAAAAAAACAUAUUGCGAAAGACUCCGAUGAUGUCAUAUCCGAAGCUUCCUACAGUACUUUGAAGCUAUUAAAGCAAGCUUACCAAGAGCCUACGUGGUUAAGCUUCAAUGGAUCUAAAAUGAAAGUUAGAUUUUUGUACACACCUUCUGGCGUGAAGCUACCCAGCAGUGAAAGUGUCAAAGAUACCGGAUAUUUGAACUUGAAGCUUAUUUCUGGUCAUGGUUUAAAGUCUGCAGACAGGAAUGGCUAUUCUGACCCAUUUGUUAACAUUUAUGUCAAUAGUAGGAAAGUUUUCAAAUCAAACAUCAAAAAGAAAACAUUAGAUCCGGUUUGGAAUGAAGACGCUAGGAUCCCAAUUUUUUCAAGAAAUAAAAACCAAGUUAUAUUUAACGUUCUUGAUUGGGACCGCGCAGGUGAUAAUGAUGACUUGGGCCAAGCCACACUGGAUGCUUCAAAAUUAGAAGCUGGUAAAACUUACGAUUGGAAUCUAAAUCUAAACACUCAAGGUAGUAUCAAAUUACAGGGUUCAUUUACCCCAGAAUACAUCAAACCAAGUUUUGAUAUUGUGAAGGGUGGUAUCGCUGAUAAGCCAAUGAAGAUGGCAAGUGGUGCAGCCCAUGCAACUGUCGGCAUAGCCGGUACUGGUAUAGGUGCCGCCACAGGAGUUGCCGCGGGAGGUUUAAAGAAAGGUGGUCAUCUCCUAAAAGCUUUAGGAGGCAACCCAAUGAAAAGAAGUAAGAGUAGUAAUGGUAACGAGCCAGAUGGUCCAAAAAAGUCAUCAGACAAAAAAUCAUUGGAUAGAAAAUCUCCAAGCAACUUCAAUGGUGCUAGUGCAACCCCACGAGCAUCAUUAGACUACGAUCCAUCAGUACCUAACACAAGUUACGCAGCUGUUCAGAAUGGCUCUUCUGCUGUUAAGCAAGUUGACAACAAUUCAAGCUCAGGCAACAAAAAAGAUACCCCCAGCAGCACUCCCAGAGCACAUUCUCGUGCAAGUAGUUUUGCUCGUACUUUGGCCCCUAACGGUACUUACAACGGUUUCAUUACCGUGAUCGCAGCAGAAAACAUUGCCAAACACGUUCAGAUCAGGGUUUCCUUAACCCAGGGCGGUAGGCUAAAGCACAUAUACAAGACCAAGAGCCAGAAGACUAAUAAUGAUGGUAUUGCCUUGUUUGAUGAAGAAUGCUCGUUCAAGGCUUCCCCUGAAGCCAACUUGGUACUGGGUGCGAUUUCCCAUCAGAAGCUAUCGAGAGAUAAAGAUCUUGGUUUUGCCCAAAUCAACUUGGGUGAUCCACAAAUCCAACAAGAUGGUCAAAUUUCUGUAAAGUUGGGUGACGGUCAUCUGAUCGUAAAGAUUAAUUACGGUAGAGACAAGAAUAGCCAAGUACCUCCUGUACCAGAAGUUCCUCAAGAAUAUACACAAUAA